UCGGGGGAAAAAAAUCAGAGGAGGGUGGGGGGAGACGCGUCGCGUUUCUGGGGGAAAAAACCGGGACCUACACAAUCUAGCAGAUAUUUGAAUCGCCAAUGGCGUCAUCAUCGGAGAUUGUACUUCCAAUUGGUACUCAAAAGCAUGACCCAGCAUGGAAACACUGCCUCAUGAUCCGUGCUGGUGGCCGGACCAUGCUCAAAUGCAUGUACUGUCAGAAGAAAUUCCUGGGCGGAGGCAUUCAUCGCAUCAAAGAACACCUCGCUCGCCACAAAGGAAACGCCUCUUGCUGCCCGAAGGUCCCAAUUGAGGUCCAACAAGCAAUGCAGCAGAGCUUAGAUGGAUCUGCAGUCAGAAAGAAGAGAAAAAUGAAGCUAGUUGAAGAAGUCAGGAGGCUCAAUCCAAAUCAACUGGACUCAGGUGAAGUCGAUGGUCAGUUGGGUCAACUCCAAGUAUAUGAUGUGUUUGACACAGUUCAGGCUGAGGUGAAAGAGGAUGCUUUGGUUAAACCCCCCGAGAGAGGGAGGAAGAGGAAAAGGCAUUCUCCUCCUCCUUUGGCUCUUCCUUCUGCUCAACUCCUCUCUCCAUGUGGGUUUGAUGCUAAUUUCGGUAAGUCUUAUUCUGGGGUGCCGGUAGAUAAGGAUCAAGCCUAUAUGGCAAUUUUCAGGUGUUUGUAUGAGAGUGGAGCACCUUUAGAUAUAUUGAAUUCGAAGUAUUUUCAACCGAUGAUUGAUGCUAUUGCAGCAGUUGGAGGACUUCAGAAGCCUUCGUAUCAUGAUGCCAAUGGCUAUUUCUUGAAGAGAAUGAUUGAGGAGGUGAAUGGCACAUUGGAAAGGUAUAGAGCUACAUGGAGUAGGACAGGGUGUUCUAUAUUGGCUGAUGAAUGGACCACGGAUAAUGGAAAGACUUUGAUAAAUUUUCUGGUGUAUUGUCCUGAAGGGACAAUGUUUUUGAAAUCGGUUGAUGCAUCUCAUAUUGUUAAUUCAGCUGAUACACUCUAUGAGUUGCUUAAGCAUGUGGUUGAAGAAGUCGGAGUGAAAAAUGUUGUUCAAGUAAUUACCAACAACACCGAGAGUCAUGUCAUUGCAGGGAAAAGGCUGAGUGAUGCCUUUUCAACUUUGUUUUGGACACCAUGUGCUUCUCAGUGUAUAGAUGGUAUGUUGGAGGAUAUUGGAAAGCUGGAGGCAAUAGCUGAAGUUAUUGAAAAUGCAAAAUCUAUUACCUCUUUUAUUUACAACCAUGGGGUAGUUUUGAAUAUGAUGAAGAAGUACACAAAUGGGAGAGAUUUGUUACUUCCUUGUGAGGCUCGAUCAGCAAUGAACUUUCUCACACUGAAGAGCAUGAUUAGCUUGAAAGAAGAGUUGAGAGCCAUGGUUGCUUCAGAGGAGUGGAUGGAAUGCCCAUAUUCUAAGAAGCCAUUAGGGAUUGCGAUUACUAACCUUAUUAAUAGUUUAUUAUUUUGGCCUUCCUGUGCUGCAAUUGUAAGAAUUACAGAACCACUGGUACAAGUUCUGAAGUUAGUUGAUAGUAGUAGUAGGCCGGCAAUGGGCUACAUUCAUGUGGGCAUGACUCAAGUGAAAGAAGCGAUAAAGAAAGAACUAGUGAAGAAGCAAGACUACACACCUUACUGGGAAAUUAUUGAUUGGAGAUGGGAUAGACAAUUGCCGCGUCCUCUACAUUCAGCAGCUUUCUUUCUUAAUCCUCGGUUUUUCUACAGCAUCCAAGGAGAAGUGUCUAAUGAAAUCUCAUCAGGAAUGCUUGAUUGUAUUGAAAGAUUAGUCCCGGAGGUAAAAAUCCAAGAUAAAAUACAAAAGGAAUUGCACUUGUAUAAGAGUGCAGCUGGGGAUUUUGGAAGAAAGAUGGCUGUCAGGGCAAGGCAUACUUUGCUUCCUGCUGAAUGGUGGUCUACUUAUGGAGGGGCUUGCCCGAAUCUGACACGUUUGGCAAUACGAAUUCUUAGUCAAGCAUGCAGUGCAAGGGUUUGUGGACGGAAUCACAUUCCUUUUGAGCAAAUUCACAACCAAAGGAUGAACUGUAUGGAACAUCAACGCCUCAGUGACCUCAUAUUUGUGCGCUAUAACUUGCGGUUGCAACAAAGGCAACUAUUGAAGAGCAAACCAUUUGAUCCUAUCUCUGUUGACAACAUUGACAUUGUCGAUGACUGGACUGUGGAGAAAAACGAGAUGUUCUCAGCAGAUGAAGGCUCCAGUUGGAUGGUACUUGACCCACCUGCAACUAAUGGAGUAGCUUCACAAUAUGAUGAGGGUGUUGAGACCUUUAUCUUGGGCCUUGAUGAUGAGGUGAUCCAACGAGCUGGUCAAGAUGCAGAGGAGGAUGAUGACAUCAAAGAGGAGGAAGAUAGCCAUGAUGACACUUCGUUUGCCGGAAAUUUCAAGGUUGAAGCAUAAAGAAAAUGGCUAUUUCAUGUGAAGGGCAUUAAAUUUGCAGGAGGUGAGUGUAAAAAGCAAGUCUUAACACAGUACUUUUGAGUCAGUUUAGGGCCUUGUCAGUUCGUAGAUUUCUGAAUGUAAAAUUUAAGUUGAAACAAUAAAUUUAUAAGUUUACAAUCAUCUUUUGAUUGAAAAUGCCGCUUGUUUGCGUUAAUACUAGUGAUACUUCCCCCAAUGUAUGCUAACACUGUGUAGCCUGUGUUCUUGAGAAAGUCAUUUGAGUUCUCAACUA